AUGUGCAGAAUAAUGGAGCUUGAAGCUGAAGGGGCACAUCACAAAUUCAUUUUUGUGGAUGAAGCCGGCUUCAACCUCUGUAGAGUGAGGCGACGCGGGAGGAACAUCAAUGGGCAGAGGGCCACUGUCACAGUGCCAGCACAGCCUCGUAUUAUGAUACAAUUCCUCCCUGCAAACUCGCCUUUUCUGAACCCAAUCGAGGAGUUCUUCUCUGCUUGGAGGUGGAAGGUGUAUGAUCACCGGCCAUAUGAGCAGAUGCCCCACCUGGAGGCAAUGAAUGCUGGUUGCCUGGCAAUAGGUGCAGAGGACUGCCAGGGAUGGAUACGCCAUGCAAGGAGUUUCUCUCACGUUCAGAGGAUAGCAAUGGCAGAGUUUAAGCACAUUCAGGACUCCAGGCGCAGCUCACAGAACAAUCUUUGCUGUGUACUAAAUGAGGACAUUAACAAGAAACCAUCACACACAUUGAAAGGUCGCUUUUGGAAUAAACAGUUUUGCUUUCUUCUGAUGUGUGGCACUGUCAUACUCUUCAUGGCUCUGUUAAUCACAGGAUCUGUCAAAUUGCAGCACCAGUACAGUAAACUGACCGAGGUAGAGAAUGAAGUGGCCAAUCUGACAUCUUCUUUAGCUUUGCUUUCUUCAAACCAUCAAGAUACAUCGCAACACCAAAACAGUAAACUGACUGAGGUAGAGAAUGAAGUGGCCAAUCUGACUUCUUCUUUAGCUUUGCUUUCUUCAAACCAACAAGAAACAUUGCAACACCAAAACAGUAAACUGACUGAGGUAGAGAAUGAAGUGGCCAAUCUGACUUCUUCUUUAGCUUUGCUUUCUUCAAACCAACAAGAAACAUAUGACAGAUUUAUGGAGAUGGUCGGUGAAUUGAAAGCGGAUCUGAAUAGCAGAAUAACAAAUUUGACUCAACAUAAACCUGUUCUGAGCUGUAAAGCUGGGUGGCAACCAUUUCUUUCGAACUGCUAUGAAUUUUCCAGUAAGAAAUUGAGCUGGCAAAAGGCACGCUUAUACUGCAGUGGACAGGGCACUCUGAUGCUCAUCCUGGGGAAUGACUCCAGGGAGUGGGAUUUUAUUGUGCAACACGCUGUUCGUUCAUCUGAAUCCUACUGGAUUGGUCUUACAGAUGAAAUAACUGGACAUUGGAGAUGGGUUGAUGGAACACCCUACACCAUGAACAACAGGCAUUGGGAAACAGGAGAACCAAAUAAUUGGAUGGGUGAAGAGGACUGUGGAGAACUAACAGCAUCUGGGAAACUGAAUGAUGGCAACUGCUUAAAGAAUUUCAGAUUCAUCUGUAAAGCACCAGCCAGUGAAAACUAACCUAUUAAUGUGGCUCUGUUAUAAACAGAAGUACAGUAGGCCUGCUGAUAUUCUGAGAAAUAUGCACAAGUGGGACAGUGGAAGAUUUUUAAAUACAGUAUAUGACAUUGAAUGUACAACUAAUAAGUAAAUAAGUGAGCGGGGUGGGGGGGCUCUGAUAUUAAAUACACAAUGUUUGAACCUGCUAUACUGCAGCAGGACUAUGGAAUGUUCACACAGGAGAGCAGGAGCCCUGGGGAUUUUUCUUUUAGUGUUUUCCCGAGUCAGUAGAAAGGUCGCUCUACUGUUAUAUGACUGUGACUUUAAUUACAUACUGCCUGUUUGUGUUCCAAUGGUGCAUGUGCAAUAAGUGUUAUGGUUCAUUGUACAAGCAUGACAAAUUCUUUAAACCCUUUCCAAUAAAUAUUGGUAAAGCUUAUUUGGAUUUUUAUUUAGCUUUAAAAAUUGGCUUUAAAAUACAGCAUCAUAAAAAAGAAAAUAUUAAAACCCCUUACCUGUCACCCACCAUUUUCAGCAUGGAGACACAAAUGACACACCCAAAAUAAAAA